AUGCAGUAUCCUAAACUGGUGGCCCUCGUCGGAUUUGCUUCUAUAGCACUCGCCCAUCCAGGCCCUCACCACGGAAUUUCAAAGCGAGAGGUGGCUCGUCGCCACGACCUAUCCACCCGUUGCUCUGAGCAUGUCGCCCGCUUCAACGAGAAGCGCUGGAAUAGGAACAUCAACAAGAGAUCUCACGAUCACAAUACUACCGUUCAGAUCCAGACCGAAGCUCCAUACUACGAUUUCAUCCAGAAUGACACCUGCGUGUUGACUCCUGAGGUGACCGAGGGCCCUUACGUCUGGCCUCAAUCCCAGACUCUACGUCAGGAUAUGACCGAGGACCAGCCUGGUGUACCCUUGUGGCUAGAUGUUGGCGUCCUCGACAUGAACACUUGUGAGCCAUUGGAAGGCGUUUUGGUUGAUUUCUGGCAUUGCAAUGCCACUGGCAGUUAUUCCAGCUUCACCGGACUUUCUCCCAACACGCCUUUUGAGACAUUGCUGGACCAGCUGAACGUCACGGACUUUGAAAUUGGUACCACUGACCUCCAUACCGAUGACACUACCUUCUUGCGUGGAAUGUGGCCGACCGAUCACAACGGCAUGAUGGAGAUGAAGACUAUCUUCCCCGGGUUUUAUAUUGAAAGAGCUAUUCACAUUCACGUCCAAGUUCACACCGAUUGGACCAUUCGCGGCAAUGGUACUAUGGCCUACGGUAACACGGUCAGCACUGGUCAGAUCUACUUCGACGAGCAGCUUGAAAAGAAGAUCAUGGCUCUAGAGCCCUACGUAUCCCAUACUGAGAUCAAUCGCACGACCAAUGCUCAGGACAGUGUUUUCAGUGAAGACACAGAUGGUGGCUACAACCCUGUGAUCUCGGUUGUCCCCAUGGAUGGUAAUGACUUGAGUAAGGGUAUGGUCGGAUACAUCACCGUCGGUGUGGAUCCUACUGCCAUUGAGACUGAUCUAUAG